AUGGAUGCACCUUGGAGUAGUCCAAAGACUCUUUCAACUACAGACAGCAUAUCAAGACUCUCUCAAGAGAUUCUUGAUUUUGAAAAAUACAUUGCACCAACAGAUCGUGAACAACGAUUGAGAUCAGAUGCACUAAAUAUGAUCCAAUGGCUAAUUGAGAGCAUGUUUAGUCCAAUGCCUGUUGUAGAAGCAUUUGGAUCUUUUGUUACUUCUCUUGCACUUCCUUCAAGUGACGUAGAUAUUGUCAUUCGCUUUGAUAAGCCUGUCAUGCCGCGAAAUAUAUUAAACAAGAUCUAUAGAGAAGCAAGGAGACGAAUCAUGUUUAAAAGAUCAGAAUUCAUAAGAGCAGCAAAGACACCCAUCAUCACAGGCCGUCUAAGCAAUGGGGUAUCAGUGGAUAUUUCCGUACAAGGCAACGUGACAAGCUCAGAAAGAACAGUGACAUGGAUCAAGGAAUAUCCAGAGUUGAAACCACUGUUUAUGGUGUUAAAGCAAUCCUUGUCAGCAUUCAGACUACGUAAUGUGUGGACCUUUGAGCCGUUGUCAGCAAAGACAGCAGGGCUUUGUAACUUUGGGCUCAUUUGCCUUAUCGUUAGCUAUUUACAGCUCCAUAAACCAACCGAUAUUACAUCUACUGAUCCACAAUACUAUGGUCGCUUACUCUUGGGAUUAUUAGAUUAUUAUGCUCACGACUUUGACGCCUCAAAACAUAUUAUCAGCGUAAAUGAUGAGGGCAAAUAUUAUCCAAUGAGAGAGAUGAACAAAGUACUUGGUGACUAUUAUUAUGAAAGUGGAAAAUUGUUCAUUAUAAACCCUGAUGAACCAGGAAGAAAUGUGACAGCAGCACUUCAGCAUUUUGAUUAUUUACAGCUAAUAUUCAAAACAGCCUCUAGCCUACUAAAAUCCCGAUUAUCGAAAAAGGAACCGGUAUCAAUAUUGUCAUCUAUCAUCAAGGUAGAAACUAGAUAUAGUGAGAAAAGAAGAAAGGAACUUGAUGAUUUUAUGGUUGAUUAUAUAUAUGCAAACAUGGAUGAAAUGAUGUAUACCCGUCAAAAUGAUGAUUUGAGAGGAAGCAAGAAACGAAGGCGAAGAAGUGAUGAUGAUGACGACACAAGAGCAGAAGAGCGUGUUGGAAAACAUAUACGUUUUGAAUAA